AUGGCGUCGGAGGCGCUGAGGAAGGCCGGGCAGGUGCAACAUCUGGCGGCCAUGCAGGCGUGCAGAGAGGGUGACCGGGGUGGAGGCUUUGAGACUGUUGUAGGGCGGAGGUCUGAUGAGCUUGUGCUCUGCCCGGAUGUGCGACAGGAUGCCUUGAAGCAGUUCGACCUCCCUCGGAUUCGCGCGCGAAGGUGGGAGCCUGGCAUGCCGGGCUACCACAACUUGUUGGCGGAGGCCAUGCGCUCGGUCGGCUGUGCUUUCUCCGAGCUGGGCGACUACGAGGAGGCCACCGGGGGCGCCAUCGAUGGAUCUGUGCGUUGCUUGUUCCAGUAUCGGCUUGCCUUGGCCAGUAUGGAGUUGCUUCAGAUUGUUCAAGAGCAGACCCGAAACAAGGAUGCGAUCGUGGACCCACCCCUGACUUGCUUAGGCAUCCAAGAUGCCAAGGACCUUUGGCCCAAAGCCAAGACUUUGAAGCCCGAGCUGCUGGUGGUGUCGCCCCUGAAGCGGGCGAGCGAGACGAUCAUGAUUGGCUUCAAGGAGGCGAUCCAGCAGGGUGUGCCACUGAUGGCCCAUGACGCUUGCCGGGAGCAGUUCGGCGUGCACGUGUGCGACCGCCGCGGCACGCGCACGGACUACGCGGAGCGCUGGCCUCACGUGGACGUCUCGUGUGUGACGCACGACGAGGACCCCAGCAGCCUCACCAAGCGGGAAAGCAAGGUGGAACUGGCCAGGAGGGGCCAUGACUUCCUCCAAUGGCUCAGCGGACGCCCUGAGAAGGAGAUUGUGGUGGGCACCCAUUCGGCUUUUUUGAUGGGUGUCUUCCACAUCGCUUUGGAGAUCGAGGAUGAGUCGAUGAAGAACUUCUUUAAGACAGGAGAGCUGCGCUCCGUGCUCCUCGAAGUCCAGGCCGAGCAGAGUGCGAAGCGGAGAAAGCUCUAA